AUGUUUCACCAUCGUUGCUCACAUCCUCUCCCACUAACAUCAAAACGAAGCCUAACACUGGUAUUCCAAAGCCUUCUAAAAUACGACCUCCUACUGCUACAGCUAGGCUCAGACCAACGGAGACUAACACUGUGCAGGAGGACACCCGCGUAUCCAGAAUACCAAAAAUAUCGGAUGGUUUCCGGGCAGCAACGAACGGGCAGUGCGCGUUUUCCGGAACCACCCACAUUCCUAUCAGGACCGGUUUCGACCGAACCUCACAAAGUCGGUUAA